AUGUACAGUGACAAUGCCACUACCUUCGUGGGCGCAGCAGAGGUCCUAGAGAAAAUCUACCACCGAACAUCCAGAGAAAAUCAGCAGGUUCAGGCUGCUCUCGCCACCAAUGGGACUCAAUGGAGCUUUUCACCACCACGAGCACCCGGUUUUGGAGGCAAGUGGGAAGCAGCCGUGAAAUCAACAAAAUAUCACCUUAGAAGAGUCUUGGGGACAACAACACUCACAUUUGAGGAACUCAACAGUGUCGUGAUCCAGAUAGAGGCCUGCCUAAAUUCCAGGCCAAUCUGUCCCAUGUCAGAUGAUCCAGAUGAUCUCCAAGUACUCACCCCAGGACACUUCCUGAUAGGUGAGCCUCUUCAACUGAUUCCAGAGCCAUCAAUCAUCGACAAGAACCCCAGCAAACUGCAGAGAUGGAACCUGGUAACGCAGCUAACUCAACAAUUCUGGUCCAGGUGGGCCAAAGAGUGUCUUCAACGAUAUCAGGCAAUCUAA